AUGGCUACAAUUCGAUGCAUCAUUGCAUUAGCUGCACAUCAUGGUUGGGAAUUGUUUCAACUUGAUGUUAAUAAUGCCUUUUUACACAACACUCUUGAUGAGGUGGUGUACAUGAAAGCGCCUGAUGGUAUUCCCAAUCCCUUUGGAAAAUCUCAAUAUGAUAGCAGCCUGUUCAUUAAGAAGUCUAGCAUUCACACUACCUUGGUUGUUGUAUACGUUGAUGACAUUAUCAUUACAGGUAGUGAUUUAAGCAGCAUUAACUCCUUGAAGACUCAUUUACACCAAACCUUCACUAUCAAAGAUUUAGGAAAGCUACACUAUUUUCUUGGAAUCGAGGUUGGUUACUUGUCUUCUAGCAUAUCUCUUACUCAAAAGAAAUCCACCAAGGAAUUACUUGAAGCUUCUGGUAUUUCAGAUUUCAAAAAAGUAGUGACUCCUGUGCCUGUUCACUUGAAACUCUCAGCAGAUGAUGGUGAUCUAUUACUUGAUCCUGAUUUUACAGGAAAAUGA